AAUUAUGCAGUAUAAACUUACUGCUUUAUCUUCUUUCAAUCUAGGUUUAUAUAGACAAAAAAAAAAUUAUCAGAAGGAAGCACAAAUUUUAUCAAUUUUUCGAUAAAUGUGUGUCUUUAAAUAUUUUUCGAUGAUAUCAGAGGAUUAACGUAAGCAGGCAAGAAAUUUGAUGACAUAAAUAGCUUUAGAGUUGAACAAUGAUCCUUCCAUCGUCAUCAGUCAGUUCCAAGUCUCCUUCUAAUUCCAAUGUAAAGCGUUGUACUCUCAAUGGAUAGUUGAGGAAGCAAGUCUCUAGGGCAAGUCUUACUUGUUCACGAUUAGCAGGUGUAAUAGUAAAUUCAUUAUCAAUACAGACAUUGUUACGAAGACGAAGUGUUGUCAAGUUUGGCAUGUCUACAAUAGCUGGGAAAAUCUCAUCGAUUUGAUUGGUGUUGAACAUAAGUUGACCAAUUAAUGGAUUCUGUACGAACCAGCGAUGAUCAAUCGUUUGAAGUUGAUUAAAUCCAAUUUCUACUAAAUAUAAUUGAGGUGCUGGAGCGAAUGUAUUUGGAGCUAGAGUGGUUAAUCUUCCAUCAUAAAGAUGAAUUUCUCGUAAGUUGAUUAAUCCAGUAAAAGCAGCUUCAUCGAUGUAUUCUAAAUUGUUGAACCACAUGUUUAGGAUUUGCAAGUUGGUCGCAUUUUGGAAGGUGUUGGCUUCAAGUCUUCUUAUAGCAUUCAUUAAAAUUGUCAAUUCAUUUAAAUUUGUUGCAUUUAUGAAAGCUCCAGGCUGAAUAUAUUCAAGACGUGAUCCUUGAUAACGUAAAUGACGAAGAUUGGGGAAUGUAUUGAAAGAUUGACUUAAAAUGUAUCUGACAUUUGAUGCAUCAAUCCAUACAUGCUCAACAUUUGCAUUUGUAUUUCCAGCUACGUGAAAUCCACCAAGUUCAAUUUGAUCAUCGACAUUAAUAACUUCAAUUCCACGUAACAAGCAAGUAUAAAGUCCAAAAUUGACUCCUUGGAAGUUUGUACCAAAUGAACAAGUUAAUCUACGAGGUCCAAGUGUAAAGCAUGGUGCUAAUCUAGUAUUUAAAUCAACUCGACCUGCUACUGUAUGAAGAUUGGCAAAUUGACCACUGUAGCAAGGAUUUUGCUGAUUUAAAAAUUCGAUAUGUCAUAAUACUCCAACAUUUGAGGAAUUUAUUACUCUUAACCAACAAUGAUUGUUAUUCAAAAUGAUGAGUCUUCUCAUCGUGAGAAUGAAAUCGCUGCCAUUUUUAAUCCAAAACGUGUGAGAACGCCAUCAGUUGUGGUGACUGGAUCGCCAAACAAUGGACCAUCACAGCUAGGAAACUUGAAUCAAAUUAUUCAUUCAGACUCAAUCACGAGUAGUCAACAUGAUGGUGCCGAAAGUCUUACAGGUGUCAUAAUUGGUGAUCAUUCAGAUCAUCAUCAUCAUCAGUUCAACUCAUUAACACAAAUUCAUUCGAAUAUACUUCCACGAUCUGUCUCAGAUGAGCAUGAUAAUGAAAAGUCUAAAGGAUGUAAAGGGUCGUGUUGUUCGGAGUUGGCUCAAAAGAUGUAUCUGGGAGUCUGCGUAACAAUCCUAAUAACAUUCUUUUGGGUCGGAACAACGCACUGUUUCAAAUUCUUAUUCUUACCAUCAACAAAACUUCAUCACUCACUGUCAUCCACAUUUCGAAGUAGCAAUAUUAUGCAUCAUCACACAACCUCAUCUGUAUUAAAGACAUUAGCAUUACCGUACCAAACAUACCAAGACUCAUACGAAAAUUCUACCACAAAAACCUCAAGAGUGAGAUUGUCACUUAAUGAAACCGAUCCAAUGCAAUUUCGUGCACCAUUUUUCGCAUCCUGGUUCUCAACAAACUUCGUAAUUUUAUUUUUUCCAAUCUAUCUAAUGUUCCGUGGCAUCGCGUCAAAAUGUGGAGCGCAUAAUGAGACAUUUGGUGAUAUUUUGAGAGGUUUCCGUGAGAGAGGAUAUACAUUCGGUCGAUACAUUUACCGGUGCAUUUCAUUUUGUCUUCUCUGGGUUGCAUCGACUUAUCUUUACAUGAAGUCACUUCGAGUCCUUUACUCCACAGACGUUAUCGUUUUAUUUGCCAGCAACGUGACGACUAUAUAUCUAUUAUCAUGGGUGAUACUUCAUGAGCAAUUUGUUGGCGUGAGAAUUGUUGCAGUUAUACUUGUCGACACGGGAAUCGCAUUACUCGCGUAUAUGGAUGGAAUUAAUGAUAGUAAGACACUCUCAAGUGUCGUUUUCUCGACAAUCGCUGGCGCUGGUUAUGCUGUGUUUCGUGUCAUGUUUCGGAAGAUGAUGGGUGAUCCACAGCCUAUUGGAGCUAUUGCUUUUACAUUUACAGUCAUCGGAUUUAUUAAUUUAAUUUUACUAUGGCCAAUUUGCCUGAUCCUUUACUUCUCCGAAACUGAGACAAUUCCUACUGAUUUAUUACUCAUGAUAACUCUAUUAAUAGCAAGUGCUUGUUUGCUUAUGUUUCACAUGCUCACACAAUUUAGCGGAGCUGUUACGUACACAAUGUUCGUAACAUUAGGUCUCAUUACAAGCGUACCCGUUUCAGCAUCAUUGGACAUUUUGCUAUAUGGUGCUGAAUUUGCCGGGAUGAAGCUUGGUGGCAUAAUAUUAAUAUCUGUCGGAUUUUUCUUAGUGAUGUUCCCAAAUAACUGGCCAGACUACAUUACACGGCUGUUAAGAAAUUUGAUUUUGUUAGGCCACAGUGCGAGAUGGAGUCAUUCAAGAAACGAGAAUCACAUUUUUACGGGCCCAAUAGAUUACAGAACAGGUUACAUUCGUUCUCAUCUGCGAUCGCCAAGCGGAAGAGUGAGAUAACAACUGCGUGUUAUGAAACAAGUAAUGAUAACUUUCAGACGAAUUUCGAGUUAAAUAAUUACUGCAUUUCCUACUUAUCAACUAAUCGUAAUUCAAUUACGGAAUCACAUUUUGUUGCGAAGCAACAUAGAUCAUCUUACUCGUCUCUUGACUAAACAAAAUAUAUUUAUGAGAUCCUAUUCCUUCUAGUCUGAAAAAAAAAAUGUUUAAUUCAUGAUAAAGAAAUGUUUUUGGAUUGAUUUUGCAAUGUUUGUGGCUGCAUUGAUAUUCUAACGUCUUUUUGGCAACUUACUAGUAAAAUACGUAUUUUCCAUAUCCUCACUUAUUAUUCAAUAGAUAUACACUAGCAGUAGUCAUUCGAUUUAUUUCAAUCCAAGGAUUAAUUUUAAUCUGAAGAUCUAUUUUUUAAUCCUGAGGAUUUAUAAAAUAUUAAAUAUUAAUUUUUAAUUCCAAAAAAACAGCAUCAAGCCUUGCAACUUUGAUCCGAAACAUUUAUAAAUAUUUACGAUAGUGCUAUGUAUCUAAAGUUUAUCUCUCUGUUAAUAGAAAAUGUUUAGGCAUCUUUUACAAAAAAAAAAAAAAAUAUACCAAUAACUUGCAAUUAUGGAUGUUGUUUAUCUUAAGAUCUGAAAUUCGAGAUGUUUUAUUAAUGUUAUACAAAAAUUUAAAGACACAAUCAUUUAUUCAGUCAUCUUCUUUUUGCAUCUUAUUGAAUGAAUCUCAAAAGAAAAUAAAAUAAAAAUUCAGAAAUUUUAUGUGGAAGAAAGAAUGAGUGUUUUUGGUCUAGCUUUAUAUGCUGAGCACAUAAUGUUGCGAUUUCAGUGGAAUGCUGUCAUUUUGAUUGGCACCUGCCAGAACUCCAUGCUUCUUCUUCAUGUGAGCGACAUACGUACGCUUCUGCUUGAACUUUUGUUGGCAUUCAUCACAUUUGUGGACAUUUCCACAUUCUUUCAAGUGAGUUUUCAGGUAUUUAAAUUCUGU